GUGAGGCCCCACGGCUCUUCUGGUUUCUGACUUGUAUUUACUCGAGUGCUACAGUACUCGGCUGUUCAACGUUUUCUCUCUUGCCGAAAAGGGAACAGCGUUACACAAAGUCCUUGAGUUUAUCGUCGGUCCGGUUUUCUGAUCAGUUUGUUUAGUGAUGGCUCCCGUGAAUGCUGCGUCUCAGUAUCCUUCCAUUCUGUGUUGAUAUAUAGCAAUAAACACACCAAUCCUACGCAUCGAUACAAAUCAGCUAUUUCUGCACAUCUUCGUCUGCUCUGGAAGACGUCUUCGCUCACACAGCAUCCCCAUUCGUAACCCCCAGACUGAACAUCCUGUCUAGUAGACCCUUGCCUUUAGUGCUGGCCUUGCUUUCUAGGGGAGAGCAUGCGAGGCUUGGGAAAAGAUGUCCGUCAUAUUCGACCGUCCGACCCCGUCCGAUCAUCCGUCCAUUACUCCAAUGGGAAUUUUACAACAUACAACGAAUCGGUUCAUCUCUGAGCCGGGCGACUUGGAGCAGUUUCCUUGCCUACGACGUCGUCCUUUGCUCGUCCAGCCCGAACCGUCAUCCUUCGAUUUCGACGAACGUGGUACGUUAGAUCAUUCGGAGCUGAACGGGCCGUCGUCGCUUCGUAAUAAGCUUCCGACCAGCAGUCCCGUCAGCAGCCCCCGCCGUCCUCGACCCGUGUCGUCUUGCCAGGCUUUACGUCACGCCGUUUCCAACCUCAACCGUCUCGAUGAUUUCUACUGUGAAAAAAUCGGCGCCGGAUUCUUCUCCGAAGUGUUCAAGGUGACUCACCGGACCACGAACGAGGUGAUGGUGCUCAAGAUGAAUCUGCUGGCCUCCAACCGGAAGAACAUGCUUCACGAGGUCCAACUGAUGAACAGACUCUCCCAUCCCAACAUUCUCAGAUUUAUUGGAGUCUGCGUCCACGGUGGCCAACUUCACGCUUUGACCGAGUACAUCAAGGGUGGUAGCCUGGAACAGCUGAUUCUCAGCGACGAGGAGAUCCCGUGGAAUCUGCGAAUGAAAAUCGCCUGCGACACGGCCAAGGGAAUGCGAUACUUUCACUCCAAGGGUCUCUUCCAUCGAGACCUCACUUCCAAGAAUGUUCUUAUUCAGCGAGACGACGUGACAGACGAUCUAACAGCCGUGGUUGGCGACUUUGGACUGGCCACAAAAAUUCCCGAUUCCAGGUAUAGUUACCGUUUGCCAACGGUCGGAAGCCCUUACUGGAUGUCUCCGGAAUGUCUGCGAGGCGAAUGGUACGACGAACGCAGCGAUGUCUUUAGCUUCGGUAUCGUUUUAUGCGAAUUGAUUGCCCGCAUCGAGGCCGAUCCCGAUGUUCUUCCACGCACCGAGAAUUUCGGUUUGGAUUACAUCGCCUUCAGUGAGCUGUGCCCCGAUUGUCCGCCUGAAUUCCUCCAACUCGCAUUCUCCUGUUGCCAUAUGGACCCAAAUAGCCGGCCAACUUUUGAAGAGUUGGUGGUUCAGUUGGAACAAAUGAUUCGGCAGCAUAGUAAUAGCGGCAGAAGUGUUGACGUGCCAUCGUCGGACGUGACUAGCGACACCGAUAUCCAGUCAGGUUGUCUGUCUAGUGGCUCGGAUGUCACCAUCUGCUGCCACUCAUCCGCCGAGGCUAAAGAGGUCCAGCCAAGUAGCAAAUUUGACCAUGUUGUCUACCUUGUGCCGAGCAGUUCGCCCAGCGAGAAAGCGCGAUGCCACUAUUUUCAAGGACGUGCUGCCAAGGAGAAGCCUGUCAACGGGGAAUCCGACGAAACGGGCAAGUCAGACGAAUCGUCUCAGCAGAGCAAUGCUAGUCUUCUGUUAACACCGAAACAUGUAGGCGAAGCCAUGUCUGCCGGAGAUCCGUAUUAUCGACCCAACUGCAAGGCUCAAAAUCCUUUCGCUACUCUGAAGCGGUUCAAGAACGGACGGAAAAUUUUGGAUACCGCACGUGGGGGACUCUUCUCCAGCUGUUGCGAACUAGCGUGGCCGUUACGUCUCAGUGGGAAAGGUGGCAACAACAACGAACAGACGGAUGAGAGUGACAAGAGAAACCGCCAACAGAACCUUUGUCGCACUACCUCUCGUUCGUUGCCCAGCUCUCCAGCGUCCCCUCGACGCCAACAUGGCGUAUCCAAGCUCGCUAUCAGUCAGCCCACACAUACGGAAAACCAAGAAACACAAAAACGCCCAAUCGAAAAUCGCCAUGAAGUGUCUCCUCCGUUGUCCGUCUCUGUCCAAGCCGAGACUGUUGAUUUACGGAAGGAACCCUUAGCCGUUUUAACUUAUCGGGGGAAAAGUCAAGACGAUUCCGUGUUGACCAAAUUACGCUAUUCGCCAUUAAUGCCAUUAAAACGUCGUGGAUCAUCUGAAUCAGGGUUUUUUAGUGUCGGAGAUGUGGAGCGUACGAGUGCAAACGAUUUGUCUCCGGAAUUCACUUUUUCGUUGGAUGAUGGCUCGUUCGCAUCGCGUUCGAGAAUCGGCAGCUGUUCGAUAAGUGAUCCCGAAGACUUGGACGGUCUCUCCCUUCGUUUCAACCGCUCAUUUUCAUCGUGGACCGUCUUCAAUCGAUCUUCGUCCGUCUACACAGACAGUUCUGAAGAUUUAGCAAGUCUCGGAGGAGAAGGCAGCGAAGACCGCAACUCUUCCCUCGUACGCCGGCUGGAAUACGGAGAGAAAGACAUCGGCAAGAUUGUCGACUACUUCGAGUGCUACAUAAAAGGAGGCGGAGUGGCCACAGAAUCCAAAGAUAAGGCAACUAAAGGGCGUGGUACGCAAUGUUCGGCGAAUUCUGCGCUUAAAGCCCGUAUCAGACAGUUCCAAAACUGGAGGCACGAAGAAAAAUUGGGCCGAGAUAAAUUGUUGGCAUCGCAGUUGACGGAGCGGCUAACAGAAGCGGCGAACGCAGAGAAAACAUCGUUAAUGACCAUAACUCCGAAUUCAACGAUAGCUAAAAAGCACGUUUCCCACCGACUAAAAGUCUGCGAAGGCGCCGUUCAGUCCAAGUUGUCCCUUUUCGACAAGAAAGUCAAUCAGAAUUAAUUUCUACUGUAAUUUUUCUUUUCUUUUUUUUUUUUUUUUUUUUUUUUGUGUUUGGAAAACUUUACCUAUAAUGCUUUGUAGUAACCCGUUCACGUUAAGGUGAACUUAAACCGAAAACGAAUUCAUACCUUUUGUCGUUUCAAUUCUUCCAGUUCUUACUCAAUUUCCAUAUACAAUUUAAUUUUGAUCUAAUCAUCGAUUUCCAUGU